ACCUGCCGAACAGAAAUGGAGCCUCAGAACACAUCCACUGGCCCAAAGGAGCAGAUGUGUCAGUGGCUGAAAGCAUUGGUUAUUGGCGAGGCUCAGACUUCCGAAUGGAAGUCAACUACCUCCAUUACCUCUCAGAUGCCCGACAAGCCAUUGGCGCCUCGAAAAGGGCGUGUCGGCACUGGUCGGCGCCUUAUGACGGACACAAUCCGCCACCUGUCCAAGAACAACCUCUCACAUUGAAUGGAUCAAAUGAGGAUAACAUGGAACGGCAACCAAAAAGUGACUCUGUUGGUGCCUCCCCGACCUCUUGCUCCAUGGACGUUGUCUCCAAGAGUAACCAGGCAGGAAGAACCAGCUCUGCUCUAGAGCUUGAGUGGGAUGACCUUUUUGCGGAUGAGGAUCUAUCAUCUUCAUUUGGUGGCUCUUUUGCACCUCUACCACCCUUACCCCCUCGCCACAUCCAAGAGAUGCGACGCAGCGCCAUCAAGCUGGUGCACGGCGCCUAUGUGGAAGAGGGUGAAUUUGAGAAGGAUGUUCUGGUCUACGAUCUGGUCGCCCAAAAAGAUGCCACUGCUGCUAUUUUGGAACGAAUGAUGGCAGCUAAUCGAGGACCACGUGGAGACGGUGUCUCCUCUGUGACAACAGGAAGGACAAUACAUGAAACCGUUAACUGCAUUAUGUCAUCACGGAGGACGAGUGAGGAAGGAGGAAAGGAGGAAAUAAGGGGUGAGGACCAUGGAAACAAAUCGAGGCAAAGCGAGGACAUCAGUGAUUGCGUUACUGACAUUUGUAAUGCAGACUGCAUCCCGGACGCACAAAAUCACACUUCACUCAACGGUCAUUCAUUGAUGACAAACACAGACUCCACAUGUCACAACAAAGUUCCUGGUAACAACGGCAACUUCCUGUCCCAGUACCAUGAGCUAAUGCGCUCUUUCGGGGCAGAGCCGGAGUGCGACAGCAUACUGGAUGACAUUUCCACCUUUAGGAGGCGGAUUCAAGAACUGAAGCAAAGACUGAUAGAGGAAGAUUGUGAAGAUGGAAAGGAAACGGUUGAGGAGCGGUUGGAGGAGGAGUAA